AUGAAUAUGUCUUUAAGCAGCGAUACAAUAGGACUUUCCCAAACGCCGUCCGUGAGGUUCAUUAAUGUAACUAUUCCUCCUUUUAAGGUCACAGAUCCUCAACUUUGGUUUACCAGACUUGAACAUUACUUUGUAGCUAAUCGUGUUCAUACACAGCGAGAUAAAUUUGGCCACGCGAGUUCGCUACUUCCAGAUGAAGUAGCAGAUAAUGUACGAGAGAUUUUAAUCAAGCCAGACAUAGAAAAGCCAUACGACGCAUUAAAACAGGCAGUGAUUAAAGCCGUCUCAUUAAGCGACCGGCAAGCCAUCGAACAGCUUCUCAGUCAAGUGCAGAUAGGAGAUAGGACUCCAUCGCAGUUAAAAAACUAUAUGAGAAGCGUAAUCGGAGACAGAAAAGUAGAUAAAAACAUAUUUUAUCAGUUGUGGUUACGACGACUCCCAGCGAACGUGCAGCAGAUCCUUGCGGUUGAGGACAGCGAUGUCGAUAUAGACAACAUUGCUAAAAUAGCCGAUAAGAUUUAUGAGAGAACGAAACAAACGAGUCCGCAAGGGCAUAGUACCACAAUAGAUGGACGAAUCGAUGCAUUACAAAAGGAGAUUAAUGUUUUAUGCCACAAGCUGAUGAAACUAAAUCAGAGCGAUAGGCAAAGAGGAUGGUCACGAAGUAGAUCGAGGGAAAGAAGUCGAUCACGUUCUAGGAGACGCUCAGCUCCUACAAUAUGUUGGUACCAUCAAACUUUCGGCGAUAAAGCCCGAAACUGUAGAUCACCAUGUAAAUUCAAACGAACACACCGAUUGUCGAUAACCGCCGCAACAACAACAGCUCCUAGAAACAGUCGUUUAUUUUACGUUCAGGAUAGAGUAACAGGCGCUCAAUUCUUAGUGGAUACGGGAGCAGAAGUAAGCGUCGUGCCUCCAGUAAGUAA